GUCCAUAAGCUUUCCAGGAAGGAAUGCAGUUUCAAGAGAAUAGUUUGGAUCUAUUUCGAAUUGUUUUGGUACAACGAAAAGGGAGCUGGCGACGGACUUGACAGCCGAACACUGCACAAAAGUGACGCAAAGCAGUUCGCUUCAAGGAAUAUUGGGUCUUCUGCGCGGCCGUAGAUCCGCCAAGUGCGCCUGCGCAUAAGAGUAGCGGCGUUGAGUCAGGCCGGCGGUGGAGGAAAGUGGUAGAGAGCGUGAAGCCUCGCCAUGAAGACCCGCUUUAGCACCGUUGACCUCCGCGCGGUACUCGCGGAGCUGAAUGCCCGCUUGCUAGGAAUGAGAGUAAACAAUGUUUACGAUGUGGAUAAUAAGACGUAUCUUAUUCGUCUUCAAAAACCAGACUUUAAAGCUACACUUUUACUUGAAUCUGGCAUACGAAUUCACACGACAGAAUUUGAAUGGCCUAAGAAUAUGAUGCCGUCUAGUUUUGCUAUGAAGUGCCGAAAACAUUUGAAGAGUCGGAGAUUAGUCAGUGCAAAACAGCUUGGUGUGGAUAGAAUUGUAGAUUUUCAAUUUGGAAGUGAUGAAGCUGCUUAUCACUUAAUCAUUGAGCUCUAUGACAGGGGGAACAUUGUUCUUACAGAUUAUGAGUACCUAAUUUUAAAUAUCCUAAGAUUUCGAACUGAUGAGUCAGAUGAUGUUAAAUUUGCUGUUCGUGAACACUAUCCAGUUGAUCAUGCUAGAGCUGCUGAACCUUUGCUUACCUUGGAAAGAUUGACUGAAAUAAUAGCCAGUGCACCUAAGGGUGAACUACUGAAGAGAGUUCUUAACCCAUUACUUCCCUGUGGACCAGCUCUCAUUGAACACUGUCUUAUAGAAAAUGGAUUCUCUGGCAAUGUCAAAGUGGAUGAAAAAUUUGAAAGUAAGGAUAUUGAAAAAGUACUCGUUUGUCUUCAGAAAGCAGAAGAGUAUAUGAAAACAACAUCCAACUUCAGUGGAAAGGGGUAUAUCAUUCAGAAAAGAGAAAUAAAACCAAGCCUGGAAGUAGAUAAACCAACCGAAGACAUACUCACGUAUGAGGAAUUUCAUCCUUUCUUGUUUUCUCAACAUUCACAAUGUCCAUAUAUAGAAUUUGAAUCAUUUGACAAGGCCGUAGAUGAAUUUUAUUCCAAGAUAGAAGGUCAGAAAAUAGAUUUAAAAGCUUUACAACAGGAAAAACAAGCAUUGAAGAAAUUAGAUAAUGUCCGAAAGGAUCAUGAAAACAGAUUAGAAGCUCUUCAGCAGGCUCAGGAAAUAGACAAACUUAAAGGAGAGCUUAUAGAAAUGAACCUACAAAUAGUUGACAGAGCCAUUCAGGUUGUUCGAAGUGCUUUAGCCAACCAGAUAGACUGGACAGAAAUCGGGUUAAUUGUGAAAGAAGCCCAAGCUCAAGGAGACCCUGUUGCAAAUGCAAUCAAAGAACUAAAACUACAAACAAAUCAUGUUACAAUGCUGCUAAGAAAUCCAUACUUGUUAUCAGAGGAGGAAGAUGAUGAUGGUGACAUCAGUACUGAGAAAAAUGAAACCGAUCCACCAAAAGGAAAAAAGAAAAAGCAAAAGAAUAAACAACUGCAAAAGCCUCAGAAAAAUAGGCCAUUGCUUAUUGAUGUUGAUCUCAGCUUGUCAGCAUAUGCCAAUGCCAAAAAGUAUUAUGAUCACAAGAGAUAUGCUGCUAAGAAAACACAGAAGACUGUUGAAGCUGCUGAGAAGGCAUUCAAAUCAGCAGAAAAGAAAACAAAGCAAACCUUAAAAGAAGUCCAGACAGUUACCUCUAUUCAGAAAGCAAGAAAAGUGUAUUGGUUUGAGAAAUUCCUCUGGUUCAUUAGCUCAGAGAACUAUCUAAUUAUUGGUGGACGAGAUCAGCAACAGAAUGAAAUAAUUGUGAAAAGAUACUUGACACCAGGGGACAUUUAUGUACAUGCUGACCUUCAUGGAGCAACUAGCUGUGUAAUUAAGAAUGCAACAGGAGAACCAAUUCCCCCUCGGACCUUGACUGAAGCUGGCACAAUGGCACUUUGCUACAGUGCUGCUUGGGAUGCACGAGUUAUCACUAGUGCUUGGUGGGUGUACCAUCAUCAGGUGUCUAAAACAGCACCAACUGGAGAAUAUUUGACAACAGGAAGCUUCAUGAUAAGAGGAAAAAAGAAUUUCCUUCCUCCCUCACAUCUAAUGAUGGGAUUUAGCUUCCUCUUUAAGGUAGAUGAGUCUUGUAUUUGGAGACAUCGGGGUGAACGAAAAGUCAGAGUGCAGGAUGAAGACAUGGAGACACUGGCGAUUUGCACAAGUGAACUCAUAUCAGAAGAAAUGGAACAACUAGAUGGAGGUGACAGUAGCAGUGAAGAAGAUAAAGAGGAAUUACAUGAAACUCCUGCGGAAGUGGAACUUGUGACUCAGGUUGACCAAGGGGAUAUUACUAUUCAGAGUGGUGGUGAUGAGCUAAAUGAACUAAUUCAGGAAGAAAGCUCUGAAGAUGAAGGAGAAUCUGAGGAGGUGGUAAAACAUCAGGAACCUGUUGGUGAAAUGAAGGAUGAAGGGGAAGAGACAUUACAUUAUCCUGAUACUUCCAUUGACUUGUCCCACCUUCAAUCCCAAAGGUCUCUCCAGAAAUUGGCUUCAAAAGAGGAAUCUUCUAAUAUGAGCGACAGUAAAUUGCAGAGCCGGAGGCAUUUGUCAGCCAAGGAAAGAAGGGAAAUGAAGAAAAAAAAGCUUCCAAGUGACUCAGGGGAUUUAGAAAUGAUAGAAGGAAAGGACAAAGAAAAAGAAAAUGUUCUACACAUUGAAACUCAUCAGAACACCAGCAAAAAUGUCCCGGCUGUGCAGCCAAUGAAACGAGGACAAAAGAGUAAAAUGAAAAAAAUGAAGGAAAAGUACAAGGACCAAGAUGAAGAAGAACGUGAGCUCAUCAUGAAAUUGCUAGGGUCUGCAGGUUCAAACAAAGAAGAAAAAGGGAAGAAGGGGAAGAAAGGUAAAAUAAAGGAUGAACCAGUGAAGAAACAGCCCCAGAAACCUAAAGGCGGACCAAGAGUUUCAGACAGCAUAAAGAAAGAAACUCCAUCCCUUGAAGUUACAACUCAUGAGUUACAAGACUUGGCUGUAGAUGAUCCACAUGAUGACAAGGAAGAGCAAGAUCUGGACCAACAGGGAAAUGAGGAAAAUCUGUUUGACUCUUUGACGGGGCAGCCACAUCCUGAAGAUGUACUCCUGUUUGCCAUUCCAAUAUGUGCCCCAUACAACACCAUGACAAACUAUAAAUACAAAGUGAAACUUACUCCUGGAAUUCAGAAAAAGGGAAAAGCUGCAAAAACAGCCUUGAAUAGUUUCAUGCAUUCCAAGGAAGCAACAGCAAGAGAAAAAGACUUAUUCCGCAGUGUAAAGGUAAAGUAUUCCUCUAGAAACCUCUGGGGAUUGGUGGUGCAAUUAAAAAUGUUAGCAGUUAGUUAUUGCUUUGUUAGUAGAUGGAACCUGCAGCUGUUAUUUUGGUAGAAAAUGCGGUCUUACUAGAAGCAAUAUAAAAUAAGUAAAAUCAUAUUGGGUGAAAAUUUUAGAAAUGCCAUUCUUUUGACAGCAGAGGACAUAUAAUUGUCAUAAAAGAAAAUAUGAUUGUGAAGAUACUCAACAAUUCUUUU